CAAAGCCGUCUUUUUCAGAGCCUGGCCUGUUGCCCUCGUUGCCCAAUCCGAAUUGAAUUGGCUUGGAACCCCGCCAUCUACCCAUUCCUCCACACUCCCCACCAACGCCUCUACCACAGUAAUAAUAACAAUUUCUCAAACACAAUGGGGAAGGAAAAAGUAUCCUUCAACCUCAAAACGCCCAAGGGCACCAAGGACUGGUUUGGCGCCGACGGCCUCCUCCGUGAUCGCAUAUUUAACACAAUCACCGAAGUUUUCAAGCGCCACGGCGCAACCUCCCUUGAUACCCCCGUCUUUGAACUACGCGAUAUCCUCGCGGGCAAAUAUGGCGAAGACUCAAAACUCAUAUACGAUCUGCAAGAUCAGGGUGGAGAGCUGUGCUCACUCCGCUACGACCUGACUGUCCCUUUCGCCAGAUGGCUCGCCAUGAACCCCAACAUCCGCAACGUAAAACGCUACCACAUUGCCAAGGUAUACCGGCGGGACCAACCGGCUAUGUCCAAGGGACGCAUGCGCGAGUUUUAUCAGUGUGAUAUCGACUUUGCGGGUGCCAAUUUUGACCCGAUGGUUCCCGAUGCAGAGAUCUUAAGGAUUGCGACGGAGGUAUUUGAGGGGUUGGGGUGGAAGGGACGUUACACUAUCAAGGUUAACCAUCGCAAGGUUCUGGACGGGCUCUUUGAAGUGUGUGGCGUACCUAAGGAGAAGAUACGAACUAUCUCCAGCGCUGUUGAUAAACUUGACAAGAUGCCGUGGGUGGACGUGCGGAGGGAGAUGGUCGAUGAGAAGGGACUUGAUGGUAAUGUUGCGGACAAGAUAGAGACAUAUGUGAUUAGAAAAGGCGGACGAGAGUUGGUAGAGUCCCUACAAAAGGACGAAGCUCUACUCGCAAAUUCAUAUGCCAAGACUGGUUUGGAGGAAAUGGCACUGCUCCUUGACUACCUUGAAGCCUUCGGUAUUCUAGAUAAAAUAUCCUUCGAUAUGAGUCUAGCCCGUGGCCUGGAUUACUAUACCGGUGUUAUUUACGAGGUGGUAACGGAAGGGUCAGCACCUGCUGCCGCUCCCCCAACGGGCGAGGAAGCUCAAAAUAUACGGAAGAAGAGUAAAGGAAAAGCCAUGCAUGAUGAUGAUGAUGACCGAUCGAAUGAUCCAUCGAUAGGAGUUGGGAGCGUCGCUGCCGGUGGUCGAUACGACGGACUGGUUGGCAUGUUUUCAAGCAGAGCACAGAUACCUUGCGUCGGUAUUUCGUUUGGUGUCGACAGAAUUUUUUCAAUCACUAAGGCACGAAUGGAGCGAGAGAAUAGCGUCGCCAAUAAAAUAUGCGAUGUAGAUGUUUAUGUCAUGGCAUUCGGCGGGAAGGGCUUCACCGGGCUGCUAAAUGAGAGAAUGGACGUUGCGAGGAGACUUUGGGAUGCUGGUAUUAAGGUCGAAUUCUCUUACAAACGCAAGCCCAAACCCAUCCAACAAUUCGAGGCCGCGGAAGCCAACGCCGUUCCCUUCGCUGUCAUCCUUGGGGAGGACGAGCUGGCUGCUGGCAAGGUGCGUGUCAAGGAGAUGGGUUUAGAUAAGGGACAUCCGGAGAAGGAUGGCGUUUUGGUCAAUGUGUCAACGUUAGCAGAGGAAGUAAAGAGCCGAUUGGAACGGAAGAAGGCCGAUGCUGCCGCUGCCGUGAUCGCUUCCGAGGUCGACGCUGGAAAGGAUGUUGUCAUUGACGAUGCGGUGAUUGCAAAAGUAGAGGGAUUAGAUUUGAAAGAGCAAUAG